UUAAUUAUGGGGUUUGUGUUUGCGUUUGUGUGUGUAUAUAAUAAGAGGUGGUGGGUUUGUUCCAAUUCUUGACCAUAUGGUAUUAAACAUGAAGGUUCAUCAGUUUGCACGUGGAUUUUGGGACGAACCCUCUCUCUCCCUUGGCUGUAAACGCUUACGCCCUCUUGCUCCUAAACUUCAACAACCCACCUCCGAUAACACAACCACCACCACCACCACCCUCACCACUUUCGAUCUCAAGACCUUCAUCAAACCCGAUUGUGGUCCUCGCAAACCAGGUUCCUCCCAUGAUCACAGCAAAGACUCUUCCUCCUCUUCCUCUUCCCUCCAGACAGGGGUGGAAACGCAUCCUGGAGGGACACGGUGGAAUCCAACUCAAGAACAAAUUGGGAUAUUGGAGAUGCUUUAUAGCAGAGGAAUGAGGACUCCCAAUGCCCAACAAAUCGAACACAUCACUGCACAACUUGGCAACUACGGAAAGAUUGAAGGCAAGAAUGUUUUUUAUUGGUUUCAAAAUCAUAAAGCCCGUGAACGACAGAAACAGAAACGCAACAGUCUUGGUCUUCCACACUCUCCAAGAACUCCUCCCCCUCCUCCCAUCAUUCCCGCCUUCCACACGGGAGAGGAAGACAGCCCGUACAAGAGGAAGUGCUUGUAUUGGGGUUUUGAGUGUUUGGUAGAAGAUAAUGGUUUAAUGUGUAAAAAGGAGGAAGAUCAUGAUAGGACUUUGGAGUUAUUCCCCUUGCACCCAGAACGCUGAUGAUCCAAUUUUUUUGAAAUUCAAAAAAAAAAGAAAAAAAAAAUUGCAUCUUUUGCUAUGAUCAUAAGUUGUUAUGAAUUCUCUUUCUCUUUUUCUUUUUCUUUUUUCCUCUCGUUUUCGAGAAAAAAAAAAAAAGAGAAAAAAGAGAAAAGAAAGGUCGAAGAAUAACAACUACCACUUCUCUUCUUUGUACUCAUGUAUGACGUACUGCCAAUUUUCUUAUGUGAAAGAAAGCGAAGGAUAAAUCCUGAUUUCUUUUCCUUUUAA